AUGCAUAUCAAUCCCAUUUGUAUCGUGCUAAUUUUGUGCACAAUAACAUCCUUGCCUACGUACGCAGACAAGAACGCCGGACAGAAACCUGCAGAAGGCAGUGUCAAGAAAUCUCAGGAUGAAGCAACUGGAAAGAAUACUGGAAAGACCCUUUUGUCAAGGUUAUACGGUCCAGUUAGUUUCAAGCGUAUGAGACGCUCUUUUGAUACCUACUCAUGUACGGUGCCACCGCUGAUAAAGUUAGACUCACCGUCGCCUGUCGUCACCAUCAAUGGCAGAUUGAAUUCUCUAACCGCAGUACUAGUAGGUUAUGGCAGCAGGGAGGUGAGUGAGUUAUUCCGUAGCAAUAAAGGAUAUAUUUACGGCGUGGGCAAUGCAUGGAAAAAUAAAAACAAAUAUAUUCACCAAGUUGGGCUCACAGUUGAUUACGCUCCACCCGAAAAUCCACGUUGGAAAGCAGAAGAGUUCUGUAUGUUGAUAUUUUCACCGUCCCUGAAAGUUGGUAAAUCAUUGCGAUCAUUGAUUGGCAAGCGCUACAACCACAAAAAUCGCUAUUUGGGUUCGACAGAAAACAUCGUAAACACAUUAAUUGACGAAAGUGAAGGAACAAGCUCCAAAAUGGUUACACAAUGCUGCUUCAUUAUGCACAAAUAA